UUCGACAUGCCACGGCUGGAAGAGUACACGUCCGCCGACAUCGCGGCAUUCCGUCAAAGUGGUAUCGACGGCACCAUGAAGAUUCUCCUCAGCAUGCCCAACAGCCCGGGCAACAUCGUACCGGCAGCGGGCGCGUGGACGCGCGACACUGCCAAUGCCAUGAUGCGACACUACAUGAAACGGACACAAGUUGAUGCGUCGACUCUGUCGGUUGUGCAUGUGGCUGGUACCAAGGGAAAAGGGUCGACGUGUGCAUUCACCGAGAGCAUUUUGCGCGCUCACGGGUCGAGGACUGGUCUAUUCACUUCACCACAUCUCAUCCAUCCCAACGAACGGUUUCGCAUUAAUGGCACACCGGUAUCGGACGAUCUCUUUGUCGACACCUUUUGGACCCUCUGGGAUGCACUGGAAGCUUCGAAGAACGACCUGGGAUCCUACCCUCGCAUUCCAAACUAUUUCACCAUGCUCACGCUAAUGGCUCUGCGAAUGUUCGUGGACGAGCGAGUCGAUGUGGCAAUCUUGGAAGUCGGACUAGGAGGUCGUUUGGAUGCAACGAAUGUGAUUGAAAAGCCCGUUGUGUGCGGCAUCACGGCCUUGGACUACGACCAUACGCGCAUUCUCGGGAGCACACUCGACAAGAUCGCACGAGAGAAAGCGGGCAUCAUCAAAGCAGGCGUACCAGUCUUUACGAUUGCUCAGGCGCCAGAGGCGGCACAAGCUCUGGCCGCCUGUGCGGCAGCUGAGCCAAGCCCGUUGGUUGUGGUGCCACCAUUGACUUCGUUCAACCUCCCUGUUCAAGCGACAAAGUUCAUGUUGCAAGGGCAAUAUCAACAUAUCAAUGCGAGCCUGGCGGUGGCGUUGUCAUCCACGUGGCUAGCUGUAAAAGCCGGCAAGCCGAUUCCACCGCUGAACGAAGCGAUAACUCCCAUAGUCUUGAAAGGGCUUCAAGCCACGUCUUGGCCAGGUCGGGCACAGAACAUAGUGGACUCUGUGUCUGGAGCUAUCUUCCACCUGGAUGGUGCGCACACGCCAUUGAGCGUGUCGUGCUGCGUGGCAUGGUUUGAAAGCUGCUGCGACGAUCCAUCGAAGCGAACGACCCUCAUCUUCAACUGCCAUCACGAGCGAGACAUCGUCUCGCUUUUCCAACCAUUGCUUGCCGCUCGAUUUGAUAAUGUUGUCUUUUGUGCGACGAAAUGUGCCCGUCAAAGUAAUUGUAGGGUACGCGCAUUGUAUGCUUCGAAAAGACGCUGAUCGUAUGGGUAGAUACCCACAGUGGAAGACGUGCUUAAGACGGCAACGAUCGACCUGCGCGGCGAGCAACAUCCUCAACUGAAGACAAAUUCGUCGCCACUUCGUGUUGAUUUGACGUGGCAAUCCGUGUGUGCGACUGUUUGGUCGCGAUUGAAAGCUUCGCGGAGACAAGACUCGACUCCCGUGGUGGUGUCGACCAUGACGCACGCCGUUGAGUGGAUACGUGGAAAUGCUUCAGCGGGCGACCGAGUUCUCGUCACGGGUUCUCUCUACACAGUUGGGGAUGCCUUACAAGCACUCGGCUGGCAUGAAUGCAAUUAAUAUCAACCCAUUGAAACAACGGUUCAUUUGCGACCAGCCCAACAAAGUAGAAUAGGAGGAGAUUGGUAGUAGGUGGUGAGCUACCUGUGCAACAAAUCGCCCAAUUCACGCCACACGUCGGCGGAAGUGGCAAUCCUAAGUCGGUGUUGACGUCGCAACGUUGUUUGGAG